CACACUUCCACAAACUAAGCCUUUCAUUUCAGUCUUCAAAAUGAGAUAUUUUCUUACUCUGCUUCCUCUCCUUUUCCUCUUCCUGUUUGUAACAAAUGUGGAAUCAAGAAACAUGGGAGGAGAAUAUUGGAAAAUGGCCGCGAAAAAUCAGGAUAUAGCAGAAGAAUUUAAAGGUCUUCCAACUCAUGAAAACGAUGAAAUUUAUGCUAAGAGGGAAAGAAAAGAUGUAAAAGAUUCUGAUUUGAACUCCAAUGUUGCAACUUAUUUUAACAAGGGCAUUGAUAUUGAAUCAAAGAAAAAAAUUACGAGAACAUUUGAGGCAAGACCUAAUUCUUCAGCAUAUGGUGAAAAGGAUAUUGAUUGUAUGGAAAAAAAGAAAAUGAAGAAACAUUUUGAACCAAGACCUAAUGUUUCAGCUUAUGAUGAUAAUGAAGUUGGUGUAAAGGAUAAAAAUAAAGUUAUGAAAGAUUUUGAACCAAGACUUAAUGCUUCGGCCUAUGGUGAUAAUAAGGUUGAUGUGAAGGAAAAAAACAAAUCUGUGAAAGAUUUUGAACCAAGACCUAAUGUUUCGGCUUAUGGUGACAACGACAUUGAUGCAAAGAAGAAGAAAGAAGUUAAGGAAGAUUUUGAACCAAGACCCAAUGUUUCAGCUUAUGGUGACAGUGACAUUGAUGCAAAGAAGAAGAAAGAAGUUAAAGAAGAUUUUGAACCAAGACCUAAUGUGUCAGCUUAUGGUGACAACAACAUUGAUGCAAAGAAGAAGAAAGAAGUUAAGGAAGAUUUUGAACCAAGACCUAAUGUUUCGGCUUAUGGUGACAACGACAUUGAUGCAAAGAAGAAGAAAGAAGUUAAAGAAGAUUUUGAACCAAGACCUAAUGUGUCAGCUUAUGGUAACAACGACAUUGAUGCAAAGAAGAAGAAAAAAGUUAAGGAAGAUUUUGAUCCAAGACCUAAUGUUUCAGCUUAUGGUGAUAAUGAUGUUCAAGAGAGGGAAAAAAACCUAGCUGAUAAAUUUUUUGAACCAAGACCUAAUGUUUCAGCCUAUGGUGACAAUGAAGUUAGUGCAAAGCAAAAGAAGGAGGUUGUGAAGGAUUUUGAACCAAGACCUAAUGCUUCGGCUUAUGGUGACAACGACAUUGAUGCAAAGAAAAAGAAUGAAGUUAAAGAAGAUUUUGAACAAAAACCUAACGUGUCAGUAUAUGACGAAUAAGUAAAGUAUGCUAUAACUACAAUAAAUGAUGUAACUUAAUAAUAAAAUUUGUGUGCCACGUAUCUAAUGAAUAGUAUGAAAUGUUAUAUUAUGACUUUUAUUUAAAGAA